AUGCCUCACUCAGUUACGCCAUCCAUAGAACAGGAUUCCUUAAAGAUCGCCAUUUUAGGUGCCGCCGGUGGUAUCGGGCAGUCGCUAUCGCUGCUUUUGAAAGCUCAGUUGCAAUACCAGUUGAAGGAGAGCAACCGAAGCGUUACCCACAUUCACCUCGCUCUUUACGAUGUCAAUCAAGAAGCCAUCAACGGUGUUACCGCUGACUUGUCUCACAUUGACACUCCCAUUUCCGUGUCCAGCCACUCUCCCGCUGGCGGCAUUGAAAAUUGUUUGCAUAACGCUUCUAUUGUUGUUAUCCCUGCAGGUGUCCCAAGGAAGCCUGGUAUGACUCGUGAUGACUUAUUUAACGUGAAUGCUGGUAUCAUUAGCCAACUGGGUGAUUCUAUUGCGGAAUGCUGCGACCUAUCCAAGGUCUUUGUCCUUGUGAUUUCUAACCCUGUUAAUUCUUUGGUCCCUGUGAUGGUCUCUAACAUUCUUAAAAAUCAUCCUCAAUCCAGGAAUUCUGGCAUUGAGAGAAGAAUCAUGGGAGUCACUAAACUGGACAUUGUAAGAGCUUCCACUUUUCUACGUGAGAUAAACAUUGAGUCAGGGUUAACUCCUCGUGUUAAUUCCAUGCCCGACGUUCCCGUAAUCGGUGGACAUUCCGGUGAGACUAUCAUUCCAUUGUUUUCUCAGUCAAACUUCCUAUCGAGAUUAAAUGAGGAUCAAUUGAAAUAUUUAAUACAUAGAGUCCAAUACGGCGGUGAUGAAGUAGUCAAAGCCAAGAACGGUAAAGGUAGUGCUACAUUAUCGAUGGCUCACGCCGGUUAUAAAUGUGUCGUCCAAUUUGUUUCCUUGUUAUUGGGUAACAUCGACCAAAUUCACGGGACCUACUACGUGCCACUAAAAGACGCAAACAACUUCCCCAUAGCUCCUGGGGCGGACCAAUUAUUGCCUUUGGUGGAUGGUGCAGGCUACUUUGCCAUACCAUUGACUAUUACUACGAAGGGCGUUUCUUAUGUGGAUUACGACACCGUUAAUAGAAUGAACGAUAUGGAGCGUAACGAAAUGUUGCCAGUUUGCGUUUCCCAGUUAAAGAAAAACAUUGACAAGGGUUUGGAAUUCGUUGCAUCGAGAUCUGUCUCAACUUAA